AUGUCGACCAGUGGUCCCACGAGUAUGUACGACGGCUACUUGAACCGUGAUGGUCAGCAACCUAGUGUCGAUUCUCCGCAACAAGAUGGUGAUGGCGGUGAUGGCGAUCAUAGGGACGUAGGAGAUAGUCACCCUCCUCGUGACGAUCGUGGCGCACCGGAGAGUCAGUGGACACUGGGGCAAGAGUGGUGGAGUGACGGAUGGCACCGCCAAUGGGGUCACUCAUGGGGCAAUGACAGUCGUGACUGGGAUCGCUCUGGGUGGGCUCAGGAUUUCAGUUCAAGGACUGUCCACGAUGGGACGUGGUACGACUCUCGGCCCUGGGGAUCGGCCUCUACGGGAACGGGGUCUCUCGACGGAGGCCAAGAUCGCGACUCCAAGGACUCCUCUCUGGACGCUUGGGGACGCCACGUGUCGAGCAAUGAUUCGAGGAACUUCCAAGGCGGUGGAUGGCAACCUGAUGGAUGGCGUCCUUCGACAGACGCCCAAGGCACACCUUACGAGGCGAAGAGGGGAGAGUUCAGCUGUGGCCCUUCGGAAAAGAUGAUCGUUCCGACCUUUUCGGGUCUGACUCCUUCCUCUGGAGAUGACUUGGGCACAUCUGCUCGCUCGUAUCUCAGGCAAGUUUCUGCGUGGAGGCGAAUGACGAGAAUGAGUGAGGAUCAGCAGGCCCUCACCCUCUACCAGCAUUUAACGGACCGAGCAUGGGUGGACGCAGAAAGACUCGACAUGGACAAGCUGGGGAGCAAGUUCGGCGUCGACUACCUGGUCGAGUGGAUCAAAGAUCGGUACCUGGACGUGCAAGUGACGCAGAUUGGGAGGAAGUCGGGUGUCAACUGCCGGACGUUGCAGUGGCAUGGGUUUUCGUGGACCGAAAGGGGCUUGGAAGAACAAGAAGAACUGAAUCUGCUCGCCUCGGUGGGCAACCAGUACUCGCUGAAGGCCCUCCAGCAGGCUGCCAUUGUCCAUGACCGAGGACUCCGGAAGCCAUGGGAGAACCAAACACGUCCUCCCAGGAAGGAGUGGACUCCUCGCAAACCUUUCUCGGCUAACCUCGCCGGGAUCGAGGAGAACGGGUCCUACGAGAUCUACGAGGCCUUCGAGCUGGACGAGACCAAUGAGGAGGCCGUUCCGGAGGAUGUGGCACAAGAGCUCUAUCAGGCUUAUAUGACCCACGAGUCGGCCAAACAGCGUUACCGUGAGAACGCCAAGCUGAGGGGCUCCGAUCCGGAUUCCCUGAAGCAGCUGGCCAGCGACAAGCUUAAGGCAGCGAAGGCUCGCUCGUUCUGCGCGGGCUGCAAGAGGCGGGGUCAUUGGCACAAGGACAGCGUGUGCCCAUUGAACCAAGCCAAUGCGGGCAGCUCUGGCACUGGCGGCGGUGGCAAGGCCGGUUCCUCUACGGCGACUGUUGGGAGCAGGGACGAUGCGAAGGCCAUGUACCCCUGCCAUGUGGUUCAUGUUACCUGGGAAAUAGAGGGCUUUGUCAACAAGGAUCUGUUAGCGAUAACAGAUACAGCGUGCUCGCGUUCGGUGGCCGGAGCAGCAUGGGUGGACACCUACUUGGCCGAGGCUCGGAAGUUGGAGUGCGACCCACAGUUCACCUCGUGUCGUGAAGCCUUCAAGUUUGGGGCUUCGAAGGUGUUCGUUGCGAGCUACGGGGUCAUCCUCUGUUUCGAGCUUGGCGGGUUCAAGAUUGGACUCCGAGUUGCCGUUGUGAACGGCGAUGUUCCACUACUGGUUUCGCGCGGUGCCCUUGGAAAAUUGGGGAUGCUGUUGGAUGUGGCCGAGAACAAGGCUACCUUCAAGGCCAUUGGCGUUCAUGACAUGGAUCUGGAGAUCACCGAGACGGGGCACCCCGCUUUCCAGAUUAGGCCGGCGCCCCUGCCGAAGUGUUUUGGCACAGACUCCAAAUGGGAGUCUGCCGAGAUCAUGAUCUUUCCGCAGGGUGAGCAAUACACGAGUGCAGCCAAGGGGAAGGGAUGUGAUGAUGUCGUGGGCGAUGAUGGUUCAGGUUCAUCGGCGAGUUCGGGAUCUUUGCCUUGUAUGACUAGUUGGAUGGUGAGUUCUCUUGCAGUUGGUGAUGAAAAUGGUGGAGGUGGUGAAGGAGAUACUCUUCCUGAAGAACCCCGAAGUCCCAAAGGAGAUCCCGGGUAUCGUCCCCUGUUCUAUCCUAAGAAGAUCGGUGUAGCUACCAAGAACUUCCUCCUUGAUCCCAACUUCAAUCCUACGACCUUCGCGGCUUGGAGAAGCUACUACAAUCACUUGGUGCCGUCAGGAGCAUUCAUGCUUUGUCAUGCAAGAGUCACAGAGAGUUUCCGGAAGUGCACGGUCUUUGGCAAGCGCACAGUGAUGAUGGAUCUUUCCCUGUACUUUGGAUCGGCAGAAGUGUCUUUCGUAGACGACUUUCGAUGCCUCACUCGCUUUCCCCUCGCGCUCUUUCGGCUGAUGGCUCAGAGCUCGGAUCUCCUGACCGCUCCUGUCGUUACCCGGGCAAAGACGCUGUCCGAGUUCACGAAGGCGGAACUCUUGGCGGAAGCCCAGGCCAGGAACUUGUGGGUGCACGAGAAAUGGACCGUUCCGGAGCUGAGGUCCGCGAUCCAAGAGGACCGACGAAACCCCUCAGCCAACCACCCAGCGAAUGCCCUCAAGGGAAUGAGUUCGAUGACCUUGGAAGACCUCAAGAUCCGCGCGAUGGAGCUCAACUACAUGGUACCGCAGUACGCCACCCGCGGCACGAUCAUGAGGAUCCUGAGGGACCAGGGUGGGACGGGACCCGAGUCCAUUUUGGGGUUCGGGAGAUUCCGAGGAAAGGCUUUCAAGGACACCCCGGUGUCCUACCGGAACUGGGCCGUGCGAGAAGUGGAGAGCAACGACAACCCGUCGGAGGACCUCGUCCUCUAUGCGAACUGGUGGAAGACGGAGAUGCACAAGUGGAACCCGGAAACUCAGGAGAUCAAGGACCCCUUCGACGCGGAGGAGUGUGCGACGAUCCCCUACGUGGACGACGGGAGCUCUACGGCAUCUUGGGACAUCCUACACCGGGAAGCCACGAUGAUGUCCCAGGCGGCGACACCGAAGUCCAAGGCCGCGGGCUACCCGCAGCAGGCUCCGAGGACCCCUGUGCGACGACGCUCAGCCGAAGGACCUCCUGUUCCGACACCGGUGAGAAUGGAUCAAGAGGUGCCCCCGGAGGUCACCGUCGAGAUGAAGUCCCUGGAGGCUCAGGACGGCGGCGUGGAGGAGUUCUACGACUGCGAGGAGGUCCACAACGACGGCGAGGAUAAUCUGAAAGAGAACGACGAGAACUACGACGACUUUCUCUUCCACCUCGACUCCGACGAGACCGGGAACCUCCCCAAGGCGGAGUGUGUGCCUACCCAGGAAGCGAUGGUCACCAGCGGCAGUGGGGAUGUAGUCCAACGUGAGACCACUGGAAACAAGGCGGCCGAGGCCGUGAAUUGUGAGAUGAUCGCCCGGGAAAAGCUCAACCUCAAGCUCUUCACCUACGAGGACCUGCUGGAGUUGGCAAGGACGGUUCCCCUUCGGAAGACCCCCAAAGGAAAGGGCUUGCAACGAGGCGAAACCCUGGAGUACUUCCUCGCUGGCAUGUAUACCUACGGCCCGAUGAGUGGGAUCUCCAGGGCCAGUCAUGAGCUGCCCUGGACGGUGAAGUACGUGAACUCCUUUAUGAAAGCUCAGGGCUUCGGGCAGUGGUCGUCCUUCGUCCUGUUCAAGAACGCCGCGACCUCCGUGCACGCCGACGCGCACAACCUCCCGAACACCACAGUGAAGACGGUUUCCUUCGGCCCUUUUUCCGGAGGAGAAUUGUGGAUGAGCGACCUUAAUCGGCCGGCUGAUUCACCCGACACCCAAUGGAGGGACGAUGCUCAUGGAAAUCAACUUCCUGGCUACAACGUGAACACCAAGGACUCAGUGUACGCCUUCAAUGGAAAGAUCAAGCACGCCACCCAGCCAUGGGAAGGGGAACGGUGGACUUUGUCUUGCUUUACCACCAGGGGCUACCAACAGAGCACUGUGGCCGAGCGCGACCAACUUCGCAAUCUACGUUUUCCACUCCGUGGGAUACCUCUACAACCCCCGGAGCGUGACGGAGACCUACUUCGCGCUACCAAGCACCGCCCCAUGAAGAGUGUCAGGAAGGGACUUUGGAGGAAAGCCAGCCGACUCGCCGCUCUCACAUCAUGGUGCACUAUGGCUGGGACGUCCUGUGCGGUGUCCCACUUCCCACUCUCGCGGGGAUCGGAGGCCGUGGCUUUGUUUGAAAUCGGAGGUUUUCACAAGACCCUGGAAAUCACCGACUUGGGCUACUUGGCGGCGGAACCCUACGGCUACUCCAAUGGUGGAGAGGACCUUCCACCCCUCGAAGCCAUCUACGACACUAUCCACGAGUUCAGCCCUGCAGUGGUUUGGCUCCAUGCUAAGCCGACGGCCUCCUACGUCAAGGACAUCACCGACUACCUAUCUGAACACAUAGAUCAGGGCCGUCAACUGGCCAUCGAGGCUCCCCCUGGUGAUCCUUGUUGGGCAAGCGAAGGGAUCAAAGACCUACUGGCGAGGUACGAUGGCAAGUGGCACCACCGUCGCGAGGAACCAGAUGUACUACGAGUGAACGACGACUACUACGAGGACAACCGAACCCCUGCCGACGAGGUGAUCCCAGAAUUCCACGCCUACGUGACGGAGUAUAAGCCCGAGGCCGAUGAUAGCGAAAAUGUGGACAAGGCCCCGAAGAUCGGGGCCGAAGCGAUCUCCUUCGAGAAUGGCAAGAACCUGGCUCCGGAGGUGAAGUCAUCUCUCAGACGACUCCACCAGAACCUCGGCCACCCCUCGAACACCGACCUCGCGAGGCACUUGAGAUUGGCAGGAGCCGAUCCCGUUUUGGUGGACGCGUGCAAGCGCCUUCAAUGUCAAGUUUGCCAGCGGAACAAGAGAGGGGCGACACCUAAACCGGCCUCCCUGCCCAACCUCCUGGAGUUCAACCAGGUGGUCGCUGUGGACGCGUUCUACGUCUACGACUGCGACGGCGAGAAGGUUGAACUCAUGAUGGCAAUUGAUGUCGGUACUGGUUUUGCCCUGGCAGGAGAACUACGAGGACACUCUACACGUACAAUGGAGGACUCCUUCUGCGCUUUGUGGAGCAACACUUUCGGAGCUCCUGGAACCUUGGUCGUGGAUCUAGAAUCUGGCCUCCAGGCAGGAUUGGCGAGAUUCAGUGAAUGGCAUGGUUCCUUUAUCCGACCCAUCGCAGGCCAGGCGCAUUGGCAGAAUGGGACAGUGGAGAGAGCCAUCCGAACGUGGAAGGAGGUGUGGUCCCGACUGGUCGAUGAGAGAUCGGCUACGUCGGACGAGGCCAAUAUGGUGGUCACGGCUGUCAACAACGCGAUGAACACUCUGAGGAGGGAUGCCGGCUUUAGUCCGGCACAAGCCGUAUGGGGACGUGAUCCUCAGCUCCCUGAAGACGUCCACAACUCAUUUCAAGACGACCACGUGGCCUACUUCAAGGUCCGGAACGAUGCCAAACUCCGAAAAGGCCUUCUACAGCGAUCCAGAGUGGGAGGUCCUGAACUGGAUGUGGGCUGCCACGUUUUCUUCUACCGCAAGCCCAAGAACAACAAGAAUUGGACUUGGCACGGACCCGGAGUUGUGAUCGGAAGAGAAGGUCCAAAUUACUGGAUCUCCUUCUCAGGACGCUGUCAUUUGGUGGCCCCAGAACAUCUGAGGCUCGCGAGCUCCGAGGAGUUGGGGGCGGCCUUUGCGCUAAGGACCACGAAAGAAGAUUUGGAGAAGCUGCUGGAACAGGACUUUGGCGACGAGGAGCUCUACGAUCAGACUGAGGAGAUGGACGUGGACCCUGAACUACCUCCUGGCAAUGAUCACCAAGGCGACGGCGGCGAUGACGAAGAUCACCCUGGACACCAACGGGGUGAAAGCAGCAGGAGAAAGGGCACUAAUCCGCCCGCUCCAGUCACGAAGCGGCACAGGACUAAAGGACCCGAGGUUUUCGAGAACUCCGACCCCCAUUCCACCUUCAUGAUGAAACUUCCGAAGACCCCAAGGGGUAGAGAGAAGGCCCUCGAGAAAGAAAUCCCUUGGUCCAUGGUGCCCGAGGAGCAGCAGCCCAACUUUCGCCAGGCGGAACGCAAGCAGUACGACGAGCACCGAGAACACGAUUCGCCUACCGUGACAAGCACAGAAGACUUGGAGCGAGAACUUUAUCUACGACAACCUAAGACCGGGCUCGGCGAUCUCCAUCCGGAACAGCUCCUACGUAUCCGGAAACCCAUCUUCGGUCUUGUGGAUUCUCCGGCAGCAUGGUGGAUGAAAUUCCAUCGUACCUUGAAGAACAUGAAGAUCCGGGACGGCGACACCGAGUGGAUGGUGGUCCAGAGUACUCUGGACCAUUGCGUUUUCAUGGUUCAAAAGGUCACGGGCUACGACGAGGAUGGAGAGCCCCAACUUGAGGCACCUAGCGCCUACUUGGGAGUACACGUCGACGACGUGCUGUUGGUCGGAGAUGCCAAACUCUGCGGCUUGGUGAAAGAACGACUGAGCGCUGAGUUCCCAAUCCAGGACUGGGAAGAGGAAAAGUUUGAGUACGUGGGCUCCUUCAUCGAGAUCCUCGAGGACCGCGUCAAAGUGACCCAGGCGAGCUAUGCGAACACGAGACUCUUCCAGGUGGACGUCGAGCGGAACAACCCCGACCACUUCGAGGCCAGCGAAAUGGAGAAGCACGACAACCAGUCGCUUAUCGGUGCUCUCUCUUGGAUGGCAAGUCAAACUCGCCCUGACUUGCAGGUCGGCGUGUCAAUGUGCCAACAGUGCCAGAAAUCUCCGACAGUCGGAGACGUGCGAUUUACAAAUCAACUGGCACGACGCGCUAUGGAACAUAAAGAAGAGGGCCUGACCUUCUUCCCUGUGGACCUUGACCACGCCGUCCUGCUCUGCUACCAUGAUGCUGGAUGGGCUAAUGUCCCUCAGAAUGACGAGGACCCCUUCUACAAGCUCACUGACGAGGAGAACCUACAAGGGAAGUUCCAGGACGGUCCCCUGGCGAGGAGGGAGGCGAAGAUGAAGAAGACGAAUUCUACAAUCGCCUCCCAGCUAGGCGGACUCUACAUGCUGGCAGACGACAAGGUUCUCUCCGGUGGAGAAAGUCACGGAAGUAUUCUGGACUGGCGCAGCGGUGCAUGUGAAAGAGUGUGCCGUUCAACUUUCGCAGCGGAGACAAUGGCGUGUGGAACAGCGACUGAGACCGGAGAUUUCAUCGCUAAGUUCCUCGAGACUCUGCUCACCGGAAAGCUGGCACGUAGCUCGACUAGGUUCCAGAUUCGCUUUCUGAGCGACUGCCGUAGCUUGUAUGAUCACUUGACUCGGGACGGAGUCCCGCGAGUCCCCACAUGUAAGAGGCUUUCUAUAGAUUUGGCAGCCAUCCGCCAAGAUUUGAAGAGUUUUGGACGAAUAGCUUGGGUGCCAACUGGAGCACAACUUGCGGAUCUGCUCACGAAGCCUCUCCGUCCAGAGACUUGGUGGGAGACUAUCAAGUCUCCCUUGAAGCUCACCUUCCGAGAAGAGGGAAGGAAAACAUGUAUAGAUAAAGACUAUUUGGAACCAGUGUAA